AUGAUCGCCGCGGCGGCGGCGGUCGUCGCCGGCGCGUGCGCGCGCUGCCUGCGCGCGUGCCUCGCCGCCUGGCUCGCGUCCUGCGCCUCGCUCGUGCGCUUCGUCCACACCUCCUGCGCCGCGGCCCUCGCCGCCGCGCGCUGGAGCGCCGGCGCCGCCUGGUUCGGCGCGUCGGCCGUCGCCGUCGCCGCGCCCGUCGCCGCGGCCCUCGCCGUCGCCUGGGCGGCGAACGAGUGGCUCGGCGUCGCGCGGUCGCGCGCGGCCGCGGCCGACGAGCAGAAGCGCCUCGCGCGCGCGCGGCGGAAGCCGGGCCACGCCGUCGCGCUGCCGGCGUCGCCGGAGCGGAGCCCGCCGUCGCCGGCGUCGCCGUCGCCGCUCCGCGCCGCGAGGAAGGUCGCGUCGAGGGCGACGGGCGUCCGCGACUUCUUCGGCGGGAAGCAGCGCCGGUCCUCGUCGUCGAAGCGGCUCUGCUUCGAGGACGAGGCCGUCCAGGAGGCGCUGCCCGCGGGCCCGCUGCGGGACCUCGUGCACGCCUGCGACGCCCCCCUCGUCGAGGCCCAGCUCUGGCCCGGCGACUCGCUCAUCGCGUACUGCGGCCGCUUCCUCUCGCAGUGCCACGGCGACGUCGCCGCGGCGCUGCGGGGCGUCGAGCGCGACCUGGAAUGGCGCAAGUGGAAGGGGCCCAAGGACGUCGUCGCCCGCGGCGACGACCUCGCGCGGAUCCUGGGCCUCAGCGCGGGCGACGUGAAGCGGUGCCUCCCGCUCUGGGUCCAGGGCGGCGACGCCGUGGGCCGGCCCUUCGUGAUCUGGCAGCUCGGCCGGAGCGACCUCGGAAGGCUCUUCGCCAAGACGACGCGGCCCCGGGUCGAGUGGUACAUGGCGCUCCACGGCGAGGUCGUCGCGCGCGCGUGCGGCGCCGCGAGAGCGGAGGCGUGGUCCCUGCUCCUGGACCUGCGGGGCCUCGGCUGGCGCCACGCGUGCUGCCGCCACCUCGUGCCCUGGCUCGCCGACGUCUACGACCGCGAGCGGCACCACAACCCGGAGCGGCUCGCGGAAAUAACGGUCGUCAACGCGCCCGACUUCGUGCUCCGGGCCUACGCGCUCGCCGCGCCGCGGCUCUUGGACGCGGCGACGGUGCGGCGCGUCGCGAUGUUCGGGCGGUCGGGCUGGGUCGCGGACUUGAGGGCGAAGGUGCCCGCGGCCGAGCUCCCGGAGGAGUACGGCGGAAACGCGCGGUCGCGGCUCCACGAGCUCUGGCCCACGCCCCUCGACGACGGCCGGCGGCGCGCGCCCUGGGCCGCCAAGGCGCCGGCGCGCGACGAGCCCGACGACCCCUUCGCGCACCUGCCGCCGUCGCACCGCCGCGCGCACGAGGACGUCGUCGACGGCGCCGCGGGCCACGACCUCGUCGCCGUCUCCGUCACCGUGCCCGCCGAGGCACCGCCGGAGCCGCCGGCGCGGCGGCCGCCGCCGGCCGUGAAGCGGCGGACGCGGUCCUUCACGGCGAAGACGCCGUCGCCCGAGAAGCCGCCGGACGAGAAGCCGAAGCGCGCGAAGCGCAAGUCCGCGUCCUUCAACUUCGGCCGCAAGCACGCCUUCGCGCCCACGGAGGCGCCGCCGCCGUCGCCCCUCGCCGACGCGACGCCGGGCCGCGGCACGCCGCCGCCGACGUCGCGGCGCAUCGAGUCGACCAUCCACCGCGACCCCGCGGACUUCGCGACCUUCGAGUCGCCGCCCGACGGCCUCCAGCACCGGCCCCUCGUGGACCCGCUGGCUUAA